AUGAAGGUCCUCAUCAAGACCUACGGAGCUGAGCUGUUCAAGGCCGGCAUCUACAAGCUGCUGUGGUCGGUCUUCCUGCUGCUCGGCGCCUACUUCUUCACGCGCAGCAUCCUGCUGUGCAUCCGCACCCUGGAGGGCAAGGACCAGUCGCCGUUCGACACCGAGUGGAAGGGCUGGGCCCUCACCGCCUGCUUCUUCGUCAACGCAUGGCUGCUGGGCCUGAUGAUGCAGCGCAUGUCCUACGGCUGCUUGGGCGUGGGCAUCCGCGCCCGCGCAGCCCUCACCACCGCUGUUGCGCGCAAGUGCUACGGCAUGGCCCACCUCACCAAGGACACCGCCGCCGAGGCUGUCAGCUUUGUCGCCAACGAUAUCAACAAGAUCUUCCAGGGCAUGCAGGAGAUCCACUUCCUCUGGGGCGCCCCCAUCGAGGCCGUGGCGAUCAUGGUCCUGCUGGCGUCGCUGGUCGGCAAGUACUGCCUGCCCGGCGUGGGCAUCCUCUGCCUGGUCGUGCCCGCCCAGUACUACUUCGGCUACCGCAUCAUCAAGAACAAGGUCGCCAACUUCCCCAACACCAACGCGCGCUACUCCAUCAUCCAGGAGCUGCUGCCUGCCAUGAAGCUGGUGAAGUACUACGGCUGGGAGAGGUUCUUCGAGGGCGAGAUCUCUGAUGCGCGGUCCCGCGAGAUGCGCCUGCUGAUCCGCAACGCCAUCAUCAAGACCAUCAACGUCACGAUGGUGUUCGGCGUUCCUCCUGUUGUGACCUUCGCCGUCCUGGUCCCCUAUGAGCUCACCAACGAGAACCCGUCCGGUGGUGUCUUCAUCACGCCGCAGACCGCCUUCACCAUGCUCUCGCUGUUCAACGUCCUGCGCUUCCCGCUGAUGCUGCUGCCCAAGGCGCUGCGCUGCGUGUCCGAGGCGAUCCAGGCGUCUGAGACCAUCGAGACGUUCCUGGCCGAGCCCGCUGCCCCCAAGCAUGACACCGAGGGCGCACCCGGCGUCAGCUUCAGCAAGGCGACCUUCAAGCACGUGCUUGGCGACAGCCCCUUCCGCCUGAAUGUCCCUGAGUUCAGUGUGCGGCCCGGGGAGCUGGUUGCUGUGGUGGGGCGCGUGGGUGCCGGCAAGUCCUCCCUCCUGCAGGCCAUCAUGGGCAACAUGUCGCUGGAGUCCGGCAGUGCACACGCCGCAGGCCGCAUGGCCUACGUCCCCCAGACCGCCUGGUGCCAGAACCUGGCCCUGCGCGACAACAUCAUCUUCGGCGAGGAGGUGGACGAGGCGCUGUACGACGACGUCAUCGACGCCUGCGCCCUCGGCCUCGACCUGCAGAUCCUGCCCCAGGGCGACCAGACCAAGGCCGGCCUGCGCGGCAUCAACCUGUCUGGUGGACAGCGCCAGCGCCUCAACCUCGCCAGGUGCGCCUACUUCGGCGGUGACCUCGUCCUCCUCGACAACGCCCUGUCGGCCGUCGACCACCACACCGCCCAGCACAUCUUUGACCGCUGCAUCAAGGGGCUCUUCAGGAACAAGGCCACCGUGCUCAUCACCCACCAGGUCGAGUUCCUGCCGCGCUGCGACAAGGUGGCCAUCAUGGACGAGGGCAACUGCGUCUACUUCGGUCCCUGGAACGAGGGCGCGCAGAAGCUGCUCUCCAGGUACCUCCCCGCCUCCCACCUCCUGGCUGCCGCGGGCAACGCUGAGCAGCCGCGCGACGAGAAGAAGAAGCCGGCCAAGGCUGCCACCACCACCAACCAGGAUAAGGCUAAGAAGGCUGCCGCUGCCCACAGCCCCAGCCUCACCCUCGGCGCCGCCAUCUGGGAGUACGCCUGGGAGGCCCGCUGGACCAUCUUCGUGCUGAGCCUGUUCUUCUUCCUGAGCGCCCAGACCAGCCGUCAGAUCGCGGAUUACUUCAUCCGCUGGUGGACCAACGACUUCUACAAGAAGUACAACCCCGCCUGCGAGGGCCGCCUGUAUGGCGUGCUUGCCCUUGGCGGCUUCCUCACCCUCAUGCUCUUCCGCGGCACGUUCCUGUACACCUGGGCGAUCGGCGCUGCCAACCGGCUGCAGGUCAAGAGCGUCCACCGCAUCCUCUACGCGCCUCUGGGCUUCUUCCUCACGACCCCCGUUGGUGACCUGCUGGUGUCCUUCACCAAGGACCAGGACAUCCUCGAUGAGGCCCUGCCCGACGCCCUCUACUACAGCGGCAUCUACGCCCUCAUCCUGUGCGCGACCACCAUCACUGUGUCCAUCGUCAUCCCCGCGUUCGGCGCCCUGGCCGGCGGCCUGUUCCUCGUCAGCGGCCUCAUGCUGUCGCUCUACCUGCCCGCCGCCACGCACCUCAAGAAGCUGCGCAUGGGCACUGCGGGUGAUCUCGUGACCCUCAUCGCUGAGUCGCUGGAUGGCCUGACCGUGAUCCAGGCCUACAACAAGCAGCAGUACUUCACCCAUGUGACUGAGCAGCGGGUGGAUGACGCCCACCGCGCCCUGUUUGGCUCCGAGUGCCUCAACCUGUGGCUGGCCUUCUUCUGCGACUUCUACGGCGCGUGCAUGGUUCUGGCGGUGGCGUCCUUCGGUAUCGGCCAGUGGCGCGUGCUGGGCUCCUCCAACGUCGGCCUCGCCUUCUCUCAGUCCAUCCAGAUGUUGGUGUUCUACACGGGUUCCAUCCGCCUGGUUGCCGAGUGCAUCGGCCUGUUCGGCUCUGGGGAGAAUCUGGCCUGGAUCGCCAACCACACCCCCCAGGAGGGCGGCCGCCUCGCGUGCCCCGCGCUCGCCGGCGACGACGACGAGGGCAAGCCCGCCAAGAGCACCGUUGGCAAAGCCCUGCCCCCGCCUGCGGAGAGCAUUGAGGUCGAGAUUGCCAGGAGCAAGGGCAAGCACGGCCCGCCCAUGGGCUGGCCUCGCACUGGCGACGUCAAGUUUGACGGUGUUGUUAUGAAGUACGCCCCGCACCUGCCCCCCGCCCUGCGCGGCGUCAGCUUCACCAUCAGGAGCGGCGAGAAGGUUGGCGUCGUGGGCCGCACGGGCAGCGGCAAGUCCACCCUGCUGCUGGCGCUGUACCGCAUGUUCCGCCUGGAGGCAGGCAGCAUCAAGGUCGAUGGCAUCGACAUCUCGGGGCUGUCGCUGCAGCAGCUGCGCCGCGGCCUGUCCAUCAUCCCCCAGGAGCCCGUGGUCUUCAGCGGCAGCGUGCGCUCCAACCUCGACCCCUUCGACGAGUAUGGCGGCGACGCUGAGCUGUGGUCAGCGCUCAGGGACUGCGGCCUAGACUCCACGGUCAAGAUGGCGGGCGGCCUGGACGCGCGGCUGGACGGCACUGGCGGCAAUGCCUGGUCCCUGGGCCAGCAGCAGCUCAUGUGCCUGGCCCGCGCGCACCUGAAGAAGGUCCCCGUGCUGUGCUGCGAUGAGGCGACGGCGGCGCUGGACCCUGCAACCGAGGCAAAUGUCCUGGAGAUCAUCGAGCGCAUCUUCGCGGACCGCACUAUCCUCACCAUCGCGCACAGGCUGGACAGCGUCAUCCGCUCCGACCAGGUCAUCGUCAUGGACGCCGGCCAGGUCAGCGAGAUCGGCGUCCCCACCGCCCUCCUGUCCAAGCCCGGCGGCGCCUUCUCCGCGCUGGUCGACCGCACCGGCCCCGCCGGCGCCGCCGCGCUCAGGAUGAUGGCCGCCGAGUUCGCGACCGAGCGCGCCGCUGCGAUGCAGAUGGCGAUGCGCCCGCGCCCGUCGCUGGACGCCGCGCGCCGCGUCAGCCUCGAGCGGCUGUCGCUCGACCGCGCGCCGCACGGCGCGGCGCCGCGCGCGCCGGGCGCGCCGACGGCGAGCGUAACGCUCGGCGCCCCCCGCCACUGA